AUGUUGAAAAAUUGCUUGCAAUUAUUACCAUCAAACAAACAAAAAACAGUAGUUGUAGACGAAGUGGAGGAGGAAGAUGACGAUGAAUUUGACGAUAAUCAGGUAGUUGAAGAGACUGAGCGAAGAAAUAAUUUAAGAAAUUCAAUGGGAAUUAGCAAUGAAGAAUCAUUACCUCCAACAUCCUCUCGAAACCGAGCAGUGUCACCAGAUAAAAGAGCUGGAUCAACGACUGAUAUUCGUCCGGCUAAAAAACGUUCGCCAUCCAGGAAACGUACUGGUGUCAAAUAA